AUGGCGGCGACGGUGACAGCAGCCUCCGCGGCGGUCCUCAAGAGCCGGUUCCUCGGCCAGACGAGGGGCUCCGCCGCGAGCCCUCUCAGGGAGGCCGUCGCAAUGGGGAACGGCAAGUACACCAUGGUGAGUGAGUAAAUGAAUCAGGACGCCGUCAAUUCAUGAGAUUGUAUUGCAUUGCCCUCCCUCUUCUCUUCUUGAGCUGCUGCUGGGUUUUCGCUGACUGAAAACUGGUUCGAUGGGUGUGUGUGCAGAGCAAUGACCUGUGGUACGGGCCUGACCGGGUGAAGUACCUCGGACCCUUCUCCGCCCAGACGCCGUCCUACCUCACCGGAGAGUUCCCCGGCGACUACGGCUGGGACACCGCCGGCCUCUCUGCCGACCCCGAGGCCUUCGCCCGCAACAGGGCUCUCGAGGUGAGCGAACCCUCGUCUGCUUCCUCCUUUUUCUCCUCUGAGAGAGAGAGAGAGAGAGAGAUGUGUGACUGAGAUCGCCGGCUGGGUGGGUUGCAGGUGAUCCACGGGAGGUGGGCGAUGCUGGGGGCGCUGGGAUGCAUCACGCCGGAGGUGCUGGAGAAGUGGUUGAAGGUAGACUUUAAGGAGCCGGUGUGGUUCAAGGCGGGGGCGCAGAUCUUCUCUGAGGGUGGGCUGGACUACCUGGGGAACCCUAACCUGGUGCAUGCCCAGAGCAUCCUCGCCGUGCUGGGUUUCCAGGUCCUGCUCAUGGGCCUCGUCGAGGGCUUCCGCAUCAACGGCCUCCCCGGCGUCGGCGAGGGCAACAACCUCUACCCCGGCGGGCAGUACUUCGACCCCCUGGGCCUUGCCGACGACCCCGUCACCUUCGCUGAGCUCAAGGUCAAGGAGAUCAAGAACGGCCGCCUCGCCAUGUUCUCCAUGUUCGGUUUCUUCGUCCAGGCCAUCGUCACCGGAAAGGGACCUCUGGAGAACCUCCUCGACCACCUAGACAACCCCGUUGCCAACAAUGCCUGGGUCUACGCCACCAAGUUCGCCCCCGGCUCUUAA